AAUGGGGAAGCCGGUUGGCCGGGCCAGCGCACAGAAUUGGAAGGAGGAGGGCGUCCGUAGGCGCCGCCCCCCAGAGCGAGAAAGUGAAAUCAACGCUUGCCUUGGCCUUGUCUUAUCCCAAGGGUCUCACUCUAUUUACACCGCUUCAUUCCACUCUCUUACCUCGUUCCCCUCCUGCCCCGCCCGCGAACGACCGUCCACGACCGUCAACGACACCCACGACCACGACAACUUGCGAUGGCGACCACUAUGUACUCCAACUACAAGCCCCAUCGCCAAGAGGGCUUCCAUCUACCCUCCCCUGCCCCCUCGACACCCCCAAGCAGCGACGGCACCCCCGCCAACGCCGGCAGCUCCUUUGACACCAACAACCUCUUCAUCUCUCCGCCAUCAUACCUUUCCGUGCCAGAGACAUUCAGAAAAUUCCCCGCCGGCGAUCACGGCUCAGGCGGCGCCGGAAACAUGGACUUCACCGACGAGCUCGCGAGUCUCAUCACUCAUCCACACCCCUCGUCCCACGAGCGAUCCACACAGAGUCCUGUUAGCCCGUACGACGACUACCGGCCCUCGACAACCCACAAUAUCUUUGAUAUCUCCGCCCCAACGAGCCAUCACCAUCACAGCUCGAGCCAUGGCAGCUACGGCACCCCUGGCGCGGGCGGAACAUCUGCUUUCUCGCUCCCGCCGAGCUCAUCCCUGCCAAUGCACGCGCCAACGCAUCCCCUGCAUGAAUUCACCACCCACGCACACUUCAACAGCACCGUCCCCGCAAUCGGCUCCUCGAUGCGCUAUGAACCGCCGUCGUCCUCGCACGGCCAUUCGCAAAACGCACAGUCGCAUCCCUUUGCGCUCAACACGUCUUCGAACGGCAACGGGUCGCAUAACGGCAGCAGCGGGAACAGCGGGGAGCCCUCGAGUGUGAGCUCCUUCAGCUCACACCUGUCCGGCCUGUCCAGCUUCUCCUCGAACACCACAACGACGAACGCAACGAACCCGGGAGACUUCCUUACCAGGCAAACUCCUUCUCCGUCUUCCAACGGGCCGCCGACAUCCUCGCACGGCCGUUCGCGCUCGCGCAGCCGCUCCUCCAUCCUGUCCGAUCCACAUCCACCACCAAGCACGAACGGCGGGCCCGCGCGGCGCACGCGCCCAAAGCGUGGAAGCAUCUCGAGCGUGUCCCCGCCCCCGCUGCACCGCGGACACAUCACCCAGCCGCUUAUCAUCCCCCCGCCGUCCUCGUCGCAGAACAACAGCGCACGCUCGCCUCUCGGGGUGCACCACACCUCGGGCUGGUUCCACCCGGGCUCGUCGCUCGGCACGUCGUUGCCGUCGAUGCACCAUGGGCACGGCCUCCCCGGCAGCCUCUCGAACUCGCUCCAGACGAACAUGGGCAUCGGCUCUAUGGGCGAGUUUUCGCUCCCGACACCUGACAGCGUGCACGGCGGCUUCUCUGCGUUUGGAGGGGGCGGCCUUCCGCCGAUUGGACUCGGUGGGAGUCCGAAAGAUAUCAACGGCAUGGGUAUGGGUAUGGGCGGAAAAGAAAGCCCGACGAGCGCAGGCGCACCGGGAACAGUGGAUCUCGCGGCGAAACAGUGAGUGUUUCUCGGUCCU